CCGGAUCCUGUUUGAAUGGCCGGGCGGGAGGCAAGAGUGAAAGGACAUGAAUGCCUUCUCCACCAUCUCCUGCGCUUUUCAAAAUGAAGAGAGCCACCAUGCAGCCAGCUCAGGGUGGGGUGUCCUUUGAAGAGGUGGCCGUGCUUUUCACCAAGGAGGAACGGGCCCUGCUGCGACCCACCCAAAGAGCGCUGUACAAGGAAGUCAUGCUGGAGAACUUUUGGAAUGUGUCUUCUCUGGGACCUCUGAUUGCGAAGCCUGAGCUCAUAUCCCAGCUUGAAGAGGAAGAAGAGGUGCUUCUUGGGAUCUUCAAUGAAGAGAAGGAACCGGCAGUGUGCGAUCCAGCAAAUGAAAUGAAAAAGCAUUGUGUGAAUGAAAAGAGAGAUGGAACAGACAUCACUGAAUAUUUUGGUGCCCUGAAAAAGGAAGAAAGAAAACAGCCAAUUCAAGGAAGAAGUAAUUCUGGUCCUUUCCAGGAUGACGAUUCACAAAAAACUGCACUAUUUGAUAAAAUUCAUGAAAAAUACAGUAGGAAUGAGGACGCUGCAACUGGGGAAACGCUUUCUGAAAAAUCAGAUAAAAAUGUGAAGUGCAGUGACCAUAACAGAAUGAAAAUACUUGAAUCCUUGAAAUGUGCGAAGAGAUUUGUGGAGGAAAAAAAGAUAACUUCUCCUGCAAAAAUUCACCCGCUGGACAACAACUAUCAGUUCUUGGAUGGUGGAAAAAACUUCAACAACAGUGGAAGCCUUAUUUCCCAUCAAAGAAUUCAUACAGGGCAGAAACCAUAUAAAUGCCAGGAGUGUGGAAAAGACUUCAAGAACAGUGAAAGCCUUACUUCCCAUCAAAGAAUGCACACAGGCGAGAAACCAUACAAAUGCCUGGAGUGUGGAAAAGGCUUCCGGGAGAGUUCACACCUCACUUCCCACCAAAGAACUCACAAAGGCGAGAAACCAUAUAAAUGCCUGGAGUGUGGAAAAGGCUUCAGUUACAGUGGAAACCUCACUACCCAUCAAAGAAUACACACAGGGGAGAAACCAUAUAAAUGCCAGGAGUGUGGAAAAGGUUUCAGUUAUAGUGCAAGCCUCAAAUGCCAUCAAAAAAUUCACGCAGGGGAGAAACCAUACAAAUGCCUUGAGUGUGGAAAAGGCUUCCGGGAGAGUGCACACUUCUCUUUCCACCAAAGAACUGACACAGGGGAGAAACCAUAUAAAUGCCUGGAGUGUGGGAAAGACUUCAGUUACAGUGGAAAUCUCACUUCCCAUCAAAUAAUACACACACAAGAGAAACCAUAUCAAUGCCAGGAGUGUGGAAAAGGCUUCAGAUAUAGUGGAAACCUCACUACCCAUUGCAGAAUACACACAGGGGAGAAACCAUAUAAAUGCCAGGAGUGUGGAAAAGGCUUCAGUUACAGUGCAAGCCUCAAAUGCCAUCAAAAUAUUCACACAGGCGAGAAACCAUACAAAUGCCUGGAGUGUAAAAAAGGCUUCAGUUACAGUGCAAGCCUCAAAUCCCAUCAAAAAAUUCACACAGGAGAGAAACCAUACAAAUGCCUGGAGUGUGGAAAAAGCUUCAGUCAGAGCGGAAGCCUCAAAUCCCAUCAAAAAAUUCACACAGGGGAGAAACUAUAUAAAUGCGUGGAAUGUGGAAAAGGUUUCAGUACGAGUGGAGCCCUUAUUUCCCAUCAAAGAACUCACACAGCCGAGAAACCAUUCAAAUGCCUGAUGUGCGGGAAAGACUUCCAUACGAGGGGACAACUUAAUUCACAUCGAACAAUUCACACAGGGGCAAGACCAUAUAAAUGCCUGGAGUGUGGAAAAAGCUUCAGUCAGAGUGGAAGCCUUACUAUCCAUCUAGGAAUUCACACAGGGGAGAAACCAUAUAAAUGUGUGGAAUGUGGAAAAGGUUUCAGUACAAGUGGAAGCCUAACUUCCCAUCAAAGAAUUCACACUGGGGAAAAACCAUAUAAAUGCCAGGAGUGUGGCAAAAACUUCUGUACGAGUGGACACCUUACUUCGCACCGAAGAACACACACAGGGGAGAAACCAUAUAAAUGCCAGGAGUGUGGGAAAAGCUUCAGUCAGAGUGGAAGCCUCAAAUCCCACCGAAGAAUACACACAGGUGAGAAACCAUAUAAAUGCCAGGAGUGUGGGAAAAGUUUCAGUCAGAUUGGAAGUCUUAUUACCCAUCUAGGAAUUCACACAGGGGAGAAACCAUAUAAAUGCAUGGAAUGUGGGAAAGAUUUCAGUACGAGUGGAGCCCUUAUUUCCCAUCAAAGAAUUCACACAGGGAAACCAUAUAAAUGCUAGGAGUGUGGAAAAGACUUCAAUCACAGCGCAAAACUUACUUCACAUCAGAGAACUCACUCAGGGCAGAAACCAUAUUUAUGCCAGUAGUGUGGGAAAAAUUCAAUAAGAGGGGACACCUCACUACCCACCCAUCAAAACAAGGAUAAGGAAGACGUACAGGAGAAACUGAGUCAGACCUCAGAGAAUGUCCAAGCAAUAGAAGGUUCAGCCCACAGAACAGCCCCUGCAAAACAUCAGAGGAGACGUGUAGUCGUGGCUGGGGACUCUCUGCUGAGGAGGACAGAUGCAUUCUAUGUCCAGGUGUUGGACCACCUGGAGUUCUAUGUCCAGGUGGUCCAAUACAGGAUUGCCGGGCAGAGGUUUGCUCUCUGCAACGUAAACCCCAAAGACCUCUCAAGUCAGAGGAAGGACCACGGAAGGUACCAGAGAUCUGCUAUUGGGAUCAACCCAGAAGAAUAG